AUGUCCAGUAUGAACAGUUGAAUUGUAAGGAUGCAACUGUGCUGUGAAUCCGUAAAUGGCUCUUGCAUAAGGAGCGGCUGGUCAAACAGUAUCCGUGUUUCCAUGUAUAUCUUCAUGGUUUGCAUUAUUCUGGCCACAGUGGUUGGAAAUUUGACAGUUAUCAUCUCAAUAUCACAUUUUAAGCAGCUCCAUACACCUACCAAUUUCCUGAUACUUUCUAUGGCUACAGUAGACUUUUUGCUGGGAUUCCUCAUCAUGCCUUGCAGCAUGGUGCGCUCUGUCGAGCACUGCUGGUAUUUUGGGGAGCUCUUCUGCAAGAUUCAUACGAGCACAGACAUUAUGCUGAGCACGGCUUCCAUCUUCCAUCUUUCCUUCAUAUCCAUUGACCGUUACUAUGCUGUGUGUGACCCUCUAAGAUACAAAUCAAAGAUAAAUACUUUUGUUAUCCUCGUCAUGAUAUUUGUAAGUUGGAUGGUCCCUGCUGCUUUUGCUUUUGGGAUGAUCUUUCUAGACCUAAACUUGCGAGGUGCAGAAGAGAUUUAUAAUCACGUACAUUGUGCUGGAGGAUGCUUUGUCAUUUUUAGUGAAACUUCGGGUGUUGUGGCCUCCACGGUGUCUUUUUAUCUCCCUGGAUUUGUUAUGCUGUACAUCUAUAGGAAAAUAUACUCUAUAGCCAAGAGGCAGGCAAGAUCCAUUGAUGCAAUUAUCCAAAAAAAGAUGCAAUUUGAAAUGAAGCACCACAUUUCAUUCUGCAGAGAAAGGAAAGCUGCCAAGACUUUAGGCAUAAUAAUAGGAGUGUUUCUCAUUUGCUGGAGUCCAUUCUUCUUCUUUACAGCAACAAAUCCAUUUAUGAAUUAUGUGAUACCUCCUGUUCUCAUUGAUGCUUUGGUUUGGUUCGGUUAUUUAAAUUCUACAUUUAACCCAAUUGUUUACGCAUUUUUUUACAUGUGGUUUCGCAGGGCAUUAAAGAUGAUUCUGUUUGGAAAAGUUUUUCAACAGGACUCUUCCAGGACUCAUUUGUUUUUAGAGUAA